AUGGCGGACAAUACGAACAUCUAUGUUUUUAUUGGAGUCAGCGGAGCUUUGUCUGCGGCAGCCAGCUACGUUUUCUUCAGGCUCUAUAGAAGUUGCAGUGAAACUGCGCGACAAAUUCGAAGCACUCUAGUCUGGGAACCUGCCCCACUGCUAGAGAACCAGCUGCGGCUGCAGGACAAGCAUUACUUGGACUACGCGGCAGUGGAGGGAAUCGUGAAAGAGUUGGGGCAGACGUUGCACAGUCGUCACGGCAACAGAGAAGGAGUUGUGAAGAGGUCACGGGUCGUGGAGCAUACAUUACGAUUAGAGAAUGGUUUCUGGGUUGACAACAAGAAAACUAUCAAAGACACCAUGGAAGUGGUUCCGUUCGCCAUUGUCAGGGACGGUGGAGAUGACCCUAAGUACAGAGUUGAAGUGACUAAACCAGAGACAGCAGUGCAGCUCCGAGAAGAGCUGGAGACAACAUAUGAUUGGUUCGAGUAUAGCAAGGCUAGAUUUGAGCAUCUGUCUUUUUCCUAUUCUAAUGUAGUGAAUCUUUUCGCUGGAGAAUUCCCGAAACGAUACCAAAUAACAGAGCACAUGUUGCCUACAGGAGCCAACAUCCUUGGCGUGGGCAAGGUCCUGUUGGAACAGGGACAGAUGAAGCUAGGUCCACCUGAUGACCCAAAGAAGUCUUACAUUCUCACACGGAUGAGGUUAGUGGAGCUAGUGCAGCACUACGAGACCCAGUCAGCAAACUACAAACUGAUGGCGGGAAUUGCAGCAGGGAUCGGAGGCAGCCUGUUGGCCUACGGUAUCUGUCGGUACAUAGUGAGAUGGAUAGAGCAGUACCGACAGAGGCUGAUGUUUGAACAGAUUAGGAGAUCCCUAGCUGAACAGAGGCUAAUGCAGUUACAUGACACUGUAGGGAAUGAUACUGAAGAGGAUGAUGUAGGGGUUGGAACCGAAGACAUAUGUGUUGUAUGCUUGAACAAUGUAAGCCAGGUAAUCUCGCUGCCCUGCAGACAUUUCAACAUGUGUGUUUCUUGUGCCGAGGCCCUGCCUUGGCCUAAAAGGUGUCCCGUGUGUCGGGCGAACAUUGACCGCUUUAUACCAAUGUAUGAGGAGCUUGAUUAA